CUCUUGGCGAACGCGUUGCUGGCGAGAAGAACUGUAUUUGUGCGGUUUGAUUGAUUGCGGCGAUGUUGGAGUUUAUGGAUUUUGUGCAGCAGUCCUUCUACAAUGCGUCGCGAUGGAGCUACGAGAAUAACUACACGAACCUGACGGCCACGUCGAGAGCUCUCCUCGACUUCGAUACCCCUCGUGGCUUCCGCGUCGACAUCUCCUCCCUCUCCUCACCCAACUUCGCGACCUCCUACGCCCUCGGAAGCGUCGGCCUCGUCAAUGGCUCCCUCUCCUAUCUCUACACCUCCCUCCCACUCACCUCCGCCUUCGCACAAGCCGGCCGUCUCAACCUCCACGAUGUAAUCCGCGGCUACCGACAAAUUCAAGAACUCCCCUCGCCCUCCUCAACAUGGCCACCUCCAUCCUCCGACCCAUCAUCCACAGACGCUGUCAGCCCACCCACCCUCCUCUACGGCCGCCUCUACCUCCCCCAAAGCACCCUCGAAGCGCUCUACCUGCGCCGCCUCUCCCCAACGUCCCAAAUCAAAAUCAGCGCCGUCUCCUCCUCUCGCCUACGAAACGGCGGCACCCUCCUCGCCCUCCACCAACACGACGUCGGGAAAUACUCCACCGAAGCCCUCUACUCCACCGACGGCGGGCUGCUCGGGUUCAAGGGGCUGUACAAUUUCGGUGCUGAUCCGCGCGUCCCUGCCACCUGCAGUACUUCACCAACGUCCCCUGGAGUUGUAUCAGCAUCCGCAACACCACCAACCGAAGACCGCAUCCACGGCCGCUUUUCCGCCGGCGCAGAAGCCUACUACGGCACCCUCAACAAAUCGGGCGGCGUCAGUCUCGGCGGCCGCUUCGCCACCCUCCCUACCUACCGCGGCAUCCCUCUCACCGCGACUCUCACUUUGAACCCUCUGAUGGGAAAUUUCAGCGCUACCUACGCUGUUAAAGCCGGGGAGGACGUCGCACUGUGUAGUAGAUUCGAAUUCAACGCCUACAGCUACGAAAGCGAACUCGUUCUCGGAUGCGAGCUUUGGCGACGGAGCGUGAAAUUACCCGCCGUUCGGGGAGGAGGGAGGAGCAUGGCAGCGAAACUGGCGUGGAGGAGUGAGGAGGAGAUGUUUCCCCCUUCUGCUGCCCCUGCUGCUGUAUCGGCGGACGGACUGCCGAUGGGGAUACGAGUCAAUGGGAAGGAGGACGAAAGGGGGGAGGUGACGGGGGUGUUCAAGGGAAGGGUGGAUGAGAAGUUGCGCGUUGGCGUGGUGUGGGAGGGGAGGGUGAAGGAUCUGCUUGUUUGUGUUGGGUCGACGCUUGAUUUGAGACGGAGGGAUCAGCCGUUUAGGAGCUUGGGGGUGGAGUUGCAGUAUUCGUCGUGAGUGAGUGGGUGAGUGCGCCGUGCGAGAUACGUGUGUGCGCGGCGUGGGAGAGAGGGACUGAGAGGCGUGUCAGGGAGUGAGAAUAGUGGGAGUAGAGGAAAGGGGAACGGCAUAACCCGACCAGCACGCGCUAUUGGAGCCAGAGCGGCGUAUUACAAACGGGAAAGGGGAGGAUCCCCACGACACGAUCCUCUCAUCCCAGCAGCGUCCUCUUGGAGAGAGGGUAACUGUCAUCGUCACUACCACCGUCUCAGCCCGUCUCUCUCACCAACAGCACCCUCGUCUCGAACCAACGACAACCCCUGGCCUCAGCCCAACUCGGCUCGUCCGACCUCGCACCACCCCCACGGGAUUCUGGAUGCAGCAUCCCGUGUCCCCGCCCCGCUCACCGGUGUAUUCGCCGUGGUGUGGCCGCCAAGGUAGCGUGUGGCAGGAUUGGAAGUGGGAAAUGAGGAAGCAAGCCAUCCCUUUGUGGACUACGAACUGGCGAUGCUUGCGUGUUUUCGCACUACUACCCACUGUUUACUGGGGAAUGGAAAUGAGGGAUACAAUCCCUUGUGGACUGCGAAGGGUGUUUUCGCACUACAGUCCCAGACUGUCCCGUCUUUUCGCACUAUGAAGUGUUACUUGGGAUGUGUGGCUGUGGAUGAGGACUGGGAGUUGGGAAGGGGGUGUUGUGAAAGGGUGUGAACUGGGCUGGAAUGAUGCUGGGAUGCGGUGCACCUUGGGGGGUGUACUACUGCACUUCGAGCGCUUCUAACCAUCCGAACCCUCCUAACAUGCCUACUACUCGUAAUAUUACAUUACGCAUUCACACACUCCUACUCGAGUACAUCAUUCCUCUCACCACACACCACGACCACCAUCCAUACUCCAAUGGUACUACCUGUACCUCACCACAACUCGGCAGUUCACUCGCAAACCCAACCGGCAACCCACAUCAACCGUUCGCGCUGAGUGUCAUACAACCACACGCGCGCGAGCUGAAUACCUAGUCAGUGACAUUCGUACUCCCGCGGCGAUCCCCUCCCCUCCCGACCCAGCCUAGCGAUAAGACACGGUGCGGUGCGGUGAGGUGAGGUAAGGGGAGGUGAGGCGUGGGUAGCACGUUGCAGUUGCACGGUGUGCGACUUGACUUGACUUGCAGUUCGCUCGUGUUGGGUUGGGCGGGUGAGACACGUGAUGUGGCACACACAGUGUACGGGUUAAGGGCGAGAAACGUGACGAAUUGUGAUGUGGGAGGGUAGAGGGGUGUGUGUGUAUGUGGUGUAUGAGGGUAUGAGGGUGUGAGGGGUGUGUAUGAGGGGUGUGUGUGUAAAUAUUCUGGACAUGGAGGGGUGUAGUUGGGAUAGACACCUUUCUGUGGGGUGUGUGUGGAUUGGAUGUAGGUUGAUUGUGAGCUGUGGUGUGUGGGGUGUGUGUGGAUUGGAUGUAGGUUGAUUGUGAGCUGUGGUGUGUGGAUAUAGCUGUAGAGCAUAUGUAGAGCAUAUAUAUGGAUCCCCACCCGUAGUAUAGCAGUAUAGUUAGUAGAGCAGAAAUAGAAAGAACCGCGGGU